AUGAUACACGGUAACACCGCUCUUAUGAGGAAUGACGCCCUUGAGGAGCUGCUCCUGACUGUUGCUGGUACUGGCCUCGCUGUGCUGCUACUGCCGGCUGCUGGUACUGGCCUCGCUGUGCUGCUACUGCCGGCUGCUGUCGCUGGUACUGGCCUCGCUGUGCUGCCACUGCCGGCUGCUGUUGCUGGUACUGGCCUCGCUGUGCUGCCACUGCCGGCUGCUGUUGCUGGUACUGAGCAUGCUGUGCUGCUACCGGCUGGUGCUGCUGCUGGUACUGGCCUCGCUGUACUGCUACUGUCGGCUGUUGCUGCUGGGACUGAGCAUGCUGUGCUGCUGCUGCUGGUGCUGCUGCUGCCUGUUGGGAUUGCCCCGGGGCAGUUCCCGGACGCUGAUAAGGUGUAUUGUAUCCACCGGUCUGAGGAUAUCCUUGCGGCUGUGGGGCUUGAGGAAUAG